AUGCCACCUCAUCACACCCAAGUAACAGCAACUGCCCACUCCCUCACCGGCCCAGAGUCCUUCUGGAGCCAUCACGCAGCCAAGCUCCACUGGCACCGCAAGCCAUCACGCGCCUUGACACGCCACACCAAAACUCUUCCCAGUGGAGUCUCACACGAGCAUUGGUCAUGGUUUGCCGACGGCGAGAUCUCCACCUCCUACAAUUGUGUCGAUCGACACGUUCUCGCAGGCCACGGCGACAAUGUAGCCAUAAUAUGGGAGUCGCCGGUGACAGGAUCGACCAAGACAUACACCUACGCCCAGCUCCUAGACGAGAUCGAGGUUCUCGCAGGAGUCCUGAGGGAAGAGGGGGUCAAAAAGGGGGAUGUGGUGAUCAUCUACAUGCCAAUGAUCCCCGCCGCCCUAAUAGCCUCCCUAGCAAUAACACGCCUAGGCGCAAUCCACGCCGCGGUUUUCGGCGGCUUCGCCCCACAAUCCCUAGCACAGCGCAUCGAAGCCGCCCGUCCACACGCAAUAAUGACCGCCUCGUGCGGUAUUGAGGGGACCAAGGGGCCUAUUGCUUACAGGCCGCUAGUGGAGGGUGCCAUAAAUGCAAGCAAGUUCAAGCCUAGCAAGGUAAUUGUCUGGCAGCGGGAUCAGCUGCGCUGGAAUCGACCCGAUAAACGGGGAGGACAGCGGAAUUGGCAGAGGCUUGUGAAAAGUGCGCGUGGGCGGGGUAUUAGAGCGCCGUCUGUUCCUGUUCGGGGGACGGAGGGUAUUUAUAUUAUUUAUACUAGUGGAACAACAGGCCUCCCGAAAGGCGUCCUCCGCGAAGCAGGAGGCCACGCCGUAGGCCUAACACUAAGCACGAAAACCCUCUUCAACAUAAAAGGUCCAGGCGAUGUAAUGUUCUGCGCAUCAGACAUCGGCUGGGUGGUAGGACAUUCCUAUAUCCUGUACGGACCCUUACUAGUCGGCGCAACGACAAUUCUCUACGAAGGAAAACCAGUCGGCACACCGGACGCAGGCAUAUUCUGGCGAUUGAUCGAGAAACAUAAAGCUAACGUGUUGUUCACGGCUCCGACUGCUAUGCGUGCCAUGCGCAAGGAUGAUCCUGAGAAUACCUUGAUAGAGGAGGUUGGGGCUAGGGGUGGUCUGAAAUCUUUGAGGGCUUUGUUCCUUGCUGGUGAGCGCAGUGAGCCAUCUAUUGUUAGGCUUUAUCAGGGGUUACUUGAGAGGUUUGGCAGCGCUGGUGCUACUGUUGUUGAUAAUUGGUGGUCGUCUGAGUCUGGGUCUCCUAUUACGGGGUUGAUGCAGAACUGUCGGGGGGCUAUUGCUUCCUCGGGUUCUGAUGCACAAGACGGGGGUGAAGGUGAAGAUAAGAAACCUCUUGCGCUCCGUCCUGGAUCCGCGGGCUUACCGUUACCCGGCUUCGAUGUCCGCAUCGUGGACGAUGAUGGUAAUGAAGUACCGUCCGGUACGAUGGGUAAUAUCGUCCUAGGACUACCACUUGCCCCAACCGCAUUUACGAAUUUGUUCAUGGACGACGAGCGCUUCUACCGUGGGUACCUGAAGCGGUUUGAUGGGCGUUGGGUUGAUACCGGUGAUUCGGGGAUGGUUGAUGAAGAUGGUUAUUUGCAUGUCAUGUCGCGGUCUGAUGAUAUCAUCAACGUUGCGGCACAUCGACUUGGAACUGGAACAAUCGAACAAGCAAUCCUCUCCCACCCAGCAAUCAGCGAAGCAGUGGUAAUCGGUCUCCCAGACCCAGUGAAAGGCCACCUUCCCUUUGCAUUCAUCCAACCAAAAGCAGGAUCCAUCCCGGAAGAAUCCACGGAAGGAUAUCUACCGGCAAAACCAAGCGAGAAACUCUUCACGGAAGUAAAUGGCCUCGUGCGCGAACAGAUCGGCGCUAUUGCUUCGCUAGGUGGAAUGAUUCAAGGCCGGGGCAUGUUGCCUAAGACUCGGAGUGGGAAGACUCUUAGACGGGUUUUGAGGGAGCUUGUUGAACUGGCCGUUCAGGGAGAUUAUGGGGGAUUCGUCAAGGUACCGCCUACUGUUGAGGAUGGGGAUGUUGUUGAUGUUGCUAGGGGGAGGGUUAGGGAGUACUUUGAGGGUGUGAAGGGGGUUGGUGGGAAGGCGAAGCUUUAG